CAGAGGAAGCUUCGGCCUCGCUAUCAUCUUGUUGGUCGACUUUUACACAUAUUUCUGUCCAACCAAAGCAAUGGAGGUUACAAUGGACCCUUUGUUUCUGGCAUGGAGCUAUUUCAGGAGGAGGAAGCUCCAACAAUGUUCAGAUAUUUGCACAAAAAUAUUACAAGACAGCCCGUACGACCAGGCUGCCUGGAGCUUGAAAACUCGUGCUCUUACAGAGAUGGUGUACAUAGAUGAAGUUGAGGUCGAUCAGGAGGGGAUUGCUGAGAUGAUGUUGGAUGAGAGCUCCAUUGCUCAAGUUGCACGACCCGGAACAUCACUGAGGCUCCCUGGAACAAGUCAGGGUGGGGGUCCAACGCCGGCUGUCAGGCCUAUGACACAAUCAGGGCGUCCUAUUACUGGAUUUGUGAGACCAAGCACACAGUCAGGGCGUCCUGGGACGAUGGAGCAGGCCAUCAAGACCCCCCGCACUGCAAGCACUGCUCGUCCUGUCACUAGUGCUUCUGGCAGAUUCAUCCGCCUGGGAACAGCCUCUAUGUUAACCAAUCCAGAUGGACCAUUUAUAAACUUGUCGAGACUAAAUCUGGCCAAGUAUUCACAAAAGCCUAAUUUAUCCAGGACAUUGUUUGAAUUCAUCUUUCACCAUGAAAAUGAUGUGAAAAAUGCUUUAGAUUUGGCUGCUCAAGCUACUGAACAUGCUCAGUUCAAAGACUGGUGGUGGAAAGUUCAGUUGGGGAAAUGCUACUACAGGCUUGGUUUAUAUCGAGAGGCAGAAAAACAGUUUCGAUCAGCUCUCAACCAGCAAGAGGUGGUGGAUACAUAUCUCUACCUCGCAAAGGUGUAUCAGCGCCUGGAUCAACCAAUAACAGCACUCAACCUUUUCAAGCAAGGGCUGGACCACUUUCCUGGUGAGGUUACCCUUCUGACAGGAAUCGCUCGCAUACAUGAGGAGAUGAACAACAUUUCAUCAGCCACAGAGUACUACAAAGAUGUCCUGAAGCAGGAUAACACUCACGUGGAGGCUAUAGCCUGCAUAGGCAGCAAUCACUUCUACACUGACCAGCCUGAGAUCGCCCUGCGCUUCUACAGACGGCUCCUCCAGAUGGGGGUGUAUAACUGCCAGCUGUACAACAACCUGGGCCUGUGCUGCUUCUAUGCCCAGCAGUACGACAUGACUCUGUCCUCAUUUGAGAGGGCUAUGGCCCUGGUGGCCAAUGAUGAAGAGCAGGCUGAUGUCUGGUACAACAUAGGACAAGUGGCCGUGGGCAUUGGGGACUUGACACUGGCCUACCAGUGUUUUAAACUUGCUUUGGCUUUUAAUAAUGACCAUGCUGAGGCCUACAACAACCUGGCUGUGCUGGAGCUGCGCAAAGGUCGCAUCGAACAGUCCAAAGCCUUCCUGCAGACUGCUGAAUCACUGGCCCCUCACAUGUAUGAGCCACACUUCAAUCUCUCCAUUCUCUCUGAAAAGAUCGGAGACCUUCAGAGCAGCUACACUGCGGCCCAAAAGUCGGAGGAUGCUUUCCCCGAGCACGUCGACACGCAACAGCUUCUUAAACAACUUCGGCAGCACUUUGCGGUGCUGUGAGCGUCCGACCAGCAUGUUUAGGAAGCGAGGUGUGGUUUAAAAAGAUUUUGGUCAGAGAUCAGAGACACUGCACUGCAGGCUUGAAAAUACAAAGUUAUUGAAAUGCUCAAAGAUUGGCAAGUUAGUCAGACAUGGAAAUCCACAAAUGAGCAUUAGUUUUUGUUUGUGUUUAUUUAUCAAAUGGUACAUAUACACUAAAUUGCCAGUUUAUCAGGUACACCUCUUACAUAGUUAAACAGAGUGGACGUAUCGCAUUAGAAAUACUACAGGCAUGUCUGUUUCACUUUUCUGGCUGUUUUUAACUACAGAAUCGUAGUAUGUACGUCUUUCCUUUUUCACAUCAUUCUGAGUAAAUCCUUGCAACAGCAGGGUGUGAAAAAGCCAAGAUGACAGCCGUUAGGGAAUUGCUAGAAUCCAAAUGCUUAGCUCUGGUGGUUAAGUUAACGUUUACUAGUUUUAAUUGUCUAUGUCAUGAUUAAUGUCUGUUACAUUUGUAAGAUUAACUUAAUAUCUCAAUUUACGCUUUUAAAAUGUUGCUCUGUCACACAACAUAUGACUUGUAGGAAUGUAUAAUUUAUGUAAAAGUGUGUGUAUUCUUGAUGAACUGGUAACCUAGUGUACAUAUCUGUAAAGUAGUAAAACAUGUAUAUAGUAAAGGUAAAUAUUUUAUUUAUUACAGUGAAAUAAUUAUGUUACAUUUUACAGUUCAAAUCAGAUGUAUUUUUCAUAUUGUAAUCUUUUUUGACGUUUUGUAGUCCCAACAAAUAUCGAUGUGACAAUAAAA